AUGAUGGAAAUAUCCAAUGAAAGUUCUCCAGAAAUCUUUGUACUCCUGGGCUUCUCUGAACGACCCUCUCUAGAACCUAUCCUUUUUAUUAUUGUCUUGGGGAUUUAUGUGGUGUGUAUCUUGGGCAAUGGAAUCAUCAUUCUUGUUUCCUGCAUGGACGUGCACCUCCACACUCCUAUGUACUUCUUUCUUGUCAACCUUUCCUUCCUGGACAUUAGCUUCACCACAAGCAUUGUGCCACAACUCCUGGUUAAUCUCUGGGGACCACAGAAAACCAUCAGCUAUGGAGGGUGUGUGGUCCAGUUCUAUAUCUCCCACUGGUUGGGAGCGACUGAAUGUAUCCUCUUGGCAGUUAUGGCCUACGAUCGCUAUGCUGCCAUCUGCAGGCCACUCCACUAUAAUGUCAUCAUGCAUCCACACCUUUGCCUCAGCCUGGCCUUUGCCUCAUGGCUUGGGGGUCUGACCACCAGCAUGGUAGGUUCCACACUCACUAUGCUGCUGCCUCUGUGUGGAAAUAAUUGCAUUGACCACUUCUUCUGUGAGAUGCCUCUCAUUAUGCAACUGGCUUGUGUGGACACCAGCUUCAAUGAAGUGGAGAUGUAUGUGGCCAGCUUUAUCUUUGUUGUCUUACCUCUGGGCCUCAUUCUGGUCUCAUAUAGCCAUAUUGCCUGGGCUGUGUUGAAGAUCAGGUCAGCAGAUGGGUGGAGAAAGGCAUUCAACACUUGCUCUUCCCAUGUGGCAGUGGUGACUUUUUUUUAUGGAAGCAUAAUUUUCAUGUAUCUCCAGCCAGCCAAGAGUAGCUCUCAUGAGCAAGGCAAGUUCAUUGCCCUCUUCUACACUGUCAUCACCCCAAUGCUGAACCCCCUUAUUUACACACUGAGGAACAAGGAUGUGAAGAAAGCCUUUAGGCACAUUGUAGAGAACCACUGUGGUUUUGGAGGGACAUAA